UCGAGGCAGAUGCACCAGCGAGGCGGCAGCGAGACGCUUCACUGCUAUGGAGCAACGAUGACCAAGCUCCCAUUGGAGACAUUUUUUUGGACAAGUUUGUGCAAGUCAAAGCACACAAGGCGAAGUUGUUCCAAUAUUCGAGGGAGGCGAGAGGUGAGCAGUGGCCUGACUCAGGAUGAAGACAACGACAGUCUUCCAAUGAUUCAAUCUGCCGGAACACCAAAGAAAAUGUCAUGAGAAGACGCUAUUGGUCACAAAUGCAAGACCGACCUGAGCUCAUACUGCAUCCCAGUCCAGCAACAAUACUUUCAUGGUUGGAACUGCCCGUCCCAACCUUCACUACUGCCCUUGCAGACAUAGACUGAUGAUCACCAUUGCCAUGGGAGCGGUGCGAGUCAACAGAUACAGCAUUGUUUCCACAGACGAAGAUGCCCUGAAGAUCUCAGCCUUGGGCCUUCACAAUGGCCACAGUCCUCUGACUCAGCAGACCCUGACGGGGUCGUGCGUGCAGGCCGAGGAUGAAGGUGCAGGAAAAUAUCCCGCAGGCGAUGAAGGACGAGGAGCUCUGUCUCUAAGAGCGACCGAUGAUUCCACGGUCCAUAACAGCUGCCGGGCUUCGCCGUCAUGUCGACACGUAGGCGUCGACCUGGGCACCGGUCGCCUCCGCAGUCGAUUUGUGAAAAAGAACGGCCAGUGUAACGUAGUCUUUGAUAACAUGGAGGACAAGCAGCGGCGAUACCUGGCUGACAUUUUUACCACCUGCGUGGACAUACGCUGGCGCUACCUACUGCUCAUCUUCACCGCCACCUUCCUUUUGUCUUGGUUGUUUUUUGGUCUGGUCUUCUGGGGAGUGGCGCUGGCUCAUGGAGACUUUGACCUUCACUUCCCUGUGAAGGAAGGAGACUCUCAGAGCAAGGCAGAGAACAGGCAGGAUAAAUGGCGGCCGUGUAUACUGCACAUCCAGGGCUUUAUCGGGGCAUUCCUCUUCUCCAUAGAAACCCAAACUACCAUCGGAUACGGUUUUCGCUGUGUCACCGAAGAGUGCCCCGUGGCUGUGGUGACCGUGGUGGUGCAGUCCAUCGUGGGCUGUAUUAUUGACUCCUUUAUGAUAGGCACCAUCAUGGCCAAGAUGGUGCGGCCCAAGAAACGGGCUCAGACCCUGCUAUUCUCGCAUCACGCCGUCAUCGCCCUGCGAGACGGAAAGCUGUGCCUCAUGUGGCGCCUGGGAAACAUGCGGAAGAGCCACAUCGUGGAGGCGCAUGUGCGUGCCCAGCUCAUUAAGCCCAAAGUGACGGCCGAGGGCGAGUACCUCCCUUUGGAGCAGACGGACAUUGACGUCGGCUACGACGACGGGCUGGACCGGUUGUUUCUCGUGUCACCGCUCGUGGUGGUCCACGAGAUCAACAAGACCAGUCCUCUGUAUGACCUGAGCAGUGCCGACCUGCAGAAGGAAGACUUUGAGAUCGUGGUCAUCCUGGAGGGCAUGGUGGAGGCCACGGCGAUGACCACUCAGGCCCGUAGCUCCUAUUUGGCCAAGGAGAUUUUGUGGGGUCACCGCUUUGAACCGGUGGUCUUUGAGAAGGGAAACCGCUACCACGUGGACUACUCUCGCUUUCACAAGACAUACGAAGUGCCAACAACACCUCACUGCAGUGCCCGGGAGCUCAGUGAAAGGGAAGGUCACGGGCGGCCGCCCUCGUCCUCCACUUCGAGUUUCUCAGCGUCUCCAUCACCGUUUGCUCCGAGGGCGGCCCGCCACCUCCUGGGCCUCCACUCCCCGAGCGCUUUCUGUUACGAGAACGAGGUCGCACUUUGUUGCGGCGACGAUGACCAGGAAGAGGAGGCGAGCAGCCGAGGAGCAAAUUUGCGAGAUGAACUUCCCGUGGGCUUCAAGGAGGCAUUUGGAAAGGAGCAGAUGGUUGAGAUGCUGUGCGCGCUGGACACCGAGAACCAGAUCAGUCUGGACAAACUGCAGCCGGAUCUACCUUUAUACAUCAGUCGAGAGUCUGGUGUCUAAAGGCAAGGGAAAGGCUAACCUUCUCUCGGAUUGAACUCGCUUUUUGAACUGUACAUGUGAUGACAAGGGAUGCGUGGUUUUUUGCAGCUGUGUCACAAGCUUGUGUCUCUGCUGGCUGUGGUUUUGGGAAUUGUACAUUUUCAUAGGCAUUGAUUGUUUGAGGCAUUGAUUACCGUAAUCUCCACCGUCAAGGUCAUCUCACGGACUUCCUUGUUUUUGUCACUAUAACCUGUGUAUGAUCUAUGAAACAAUCAAGCUUUUGUUCUUGAUUGCACCAUUUUUUUUUGUAAAUAUAACGUGCUUUUAUUUCAAUAUGGAACGGAUCAUUUUACUUCAGAUUCAUACAUCAGAUACAAAUACUAGAAAUAUUACAUUUUAGGGUGCUGUCAUACCUAGAGUUAAUUUUCUCCUGUGCGAAUCAGUCGAUCUGUUUGUAAACUUGGUUCUUGGUUUCCCUCAGUUUUUUUUUCACACGGUUAAAAAAAAAAAAGAAAAAGAAAAAGAAAAAGAAAAAGAAAAUCUAAAUCAAAGCAACCAGAAAUAGGUCAAAACGAAGCAAGUGAGAUUGCUAUCUUCACAUUUUCAUCGUCGGCGGGCACAGAGAUCUAAACAGAAACAUUGUUUGGGGUAUGUGCUGAAGAUAUUAUUAUUAUUAUUAUUAUUAUUAUUAUUAUUAUGGAAGUCAUCCGUUAACAAGUUGUAGUUUUGCCACCAUUACCAAAACACACGAGAGUUUGUAUCGUCCGAUUGAUUUGGUCCGCACAAGAGUUAUUGCGUUCAUACUUGAGGAAAGGAAGUCGAACAAACUUCAGUUUGUUGAAAACUGAUAAUUGCAAAGCACCCAUGGUGAAGCGCUGCUUGAGUAGUAGUCCAAACUGUUUCGAGCAGUCUCUGUCUGCUAGUUUGCCGUGCGUCAAAGUUUGGAAUGGUAACAUUAAUACGCGAUCAAACAAAAUGUCACGUCGGGGGUUUAUUUUUAAUGCAACGAAAUCCAUUUUGUGUUCCUGUGAAAACUUUCUGAAAGGAAGCAUGACAAAGUCUCAACUUUACUGUUAUUUAUUCUCUCUUUCAACAUUUAUUUACUUUUAAACAUCCUUUUAACAUCAGAAAAAGGAGAUGUGUUUUUGAUUUGCAACUACAAAAAAAAAAAAAAAAGAGCCAUGACACAUAAUUCAAAUAA